AUGUCCGACAGUAAAUCGGCGUCCAGCCCACCUUCUUAUACCAAGAAGGACAAGAAGGACAAGAAGCCUCUACCACAUCCGUCGAUGUCGUGGGGUAUCACUCCGUCCGAGGAACACAAAACUGCAGAGAAGCCGGGCCCCGAUCAUCCGGUCCACAAAAUUCCUCUCGAGAAGCAAGAGGAGAUGCGACGGAAGGGUAUCAACCCUAUUUUGAAAGCCGAAAUGGAUGAGGGGACGAAGGGGGAGGGAGGGUUUUGGAGGAAGGUGGCCGGCACUGCGUUUGGCGGUGGAUGGAUUAAAUGA